AUGACCUCCAUCACGCUUCCAUCUCUUCUACGCACAUCCACGCGGUCGAUCCGACCGCGUGCUGCUCUCCCCGCAAUUACUCCAAGGUUCACUCGGUUUCUGUCAACCAAGCAUCCUGCUGGCUUUGAGCCCCCUACGGAUGAGGAUCUCCUCGAGCUGCGGGAGCGUGUGCAAGAGUUUACUCGUCGAGAAAUCACGCCCGAGGUCGCUGCGCAGACGGACCAGGUGAAUGAGUUCCCGGCUGACAUGUGGAAGAAAAUGGGCGAAGCCGGAUUUCUCGGAAUCACGGCCAACGAGGAAUACGGAGGUCUCGGCAUGGGUUACCAAGCACACUGUGUUGUGAUGGAAGAGAUUAGUCGUGCGUCCGGCAGCAUUGGUCUUUCUUACGCCGCUCACUCUCAACUCUGUGUCAAUCAGCUCUCGCUGAACGGUUCUUCCGAACAAAAGGAACGAUUCUUGCCUGGCCUUCUUUCGGGAGAAAAAGUUGGCGCUCUCGCCAUGUCUGAACACUCGGCUGGCUCCGAUGUGGUCAGCAUGAAAACCACCGCCAAGGAGGUUGAUGGUGGCUGGGUUUUGAAUGGAACCAAAAUGUGGAUUACCAACGGACCCGAUGCGGACUACAUUGUCGUCUACGCGAAGACCGAGCCUGAGAAGGGCUCUAAGGGCAUCACUGCAUUUGUUGUCGAGAAAUCUUUCAAGGGCUUCUCGUGCGCUCGCAAGCUGGACAAGCUUGGUAUGCGAGGCUCAAACACGGGAGAGCUCAUCUUCGAAGACGUGUUCGUUCCCCGUGAGAAUCUGCUUGGAGAGGUGAACAAGGGCGUUCGGGUCCUCAUGGAGGGCUUGGACCUCGAGCGACUCGUUUUGAGUGCCGGACCUUUGGGUAUCAUGCAAGCCUGUCUUGACUUGGCGCUCCCCUACACACACAUGCGCAAGCAGUUCGGUACCCCCAUUGCACACAACCAGUUGAUCCAAGGCAAGUUGGCAGACAUGUACACCAAGCUCGCUGCUUCGCGGGCAUACACAUAUGCUACUGCCCGAGAGAUCGACAACGGCGCAGCUUCUCCCAACCCCAUGACCAUUCGGACUCAGGACUGCGCUGGCGCAAUUCUGUAUGCUGCUGAGCGUGCGACGGAGUGCUCUUUGGAUGCCAUUCAAUUGAUGGGUGGAAAUGGAUACAUCAACGAGAUUGCCGCAGGCCGAUUGCUUCGGGAUGCGAAGCUCUACGAGAUUGGAGCUGGUACUAGUGAGAUUCGCCGUAUGGUGAUUGGUCGUGCAUUCAACAAGGAGUACGCUUCUUAG